UUCCGACCGUCUUCUGACGCACUUUCUCGCGCUAACACCGAAUUUUCUCUAAUCUAAGUGACGCCAUCGUCACUUCUACACGCCAGUUAGGUUGUCGUAAAGUAUCUUCCUGCCAUAGAUUCCUUAACCGAAAGAAGUGCUCAGAGUAGUCGCAAGAUUAACCCCGUGAGAUGGUUUCCAAACCUUUCUCAAUGCAAGAGCAGUGUUGAUGCCAACAUUGUCAAGACGAAGAUUGUCAGGUGGUUUUCGGACCUGCGGCAAUGUUGUACAAGCGGAGGGGAGAAGCAGAACCCUCUACCGAAGCGUGGCGCAAGAAUUGCGUGACAACGGCACUGAGGAAGAGAAACCCAGUGACGACGAUGAUGAAGAGGGCGAAUCGCGCGACGACGAUCAUGAGGAGGAGGACACAAGCAAGGAUGCCGAUUCAGAAGACACAGACUUUGAGAAUGAUGAAGGGAAGAACGAGUCAGGAAUUGAUGUCGACAUGUUCAAGAAGAGUCUAUCUGGAGAUCUUUUAGGAGAAGGGAAGCAGAUAAUAGUGCAGGAGGUGAGAAGAGGACUGUACAGCAAAUCAAGCAAGAGUGAGACACCUCCUUACAACGUGGGGAAGCGCGGCAGGAACGUACGUGUGUACAUCAAGAAAGCUAACUACCACGUGAACAUGAAGAAUGUCGGACUAGUUCUGAAGGAAGAUUGGUGCAAGGCCAACUGUUACAAGAAGUUCAUGGCGGUAGAUGUUUUCUACAAGCGAGAAGAAUUUUGGGCGAUGAAACAACCUGAGCAACUCAACUUCUUUCUCGCAGAGAUGAGGGUUGCGUCGUACUUUUCGGAUGAGGGAGAUUUAGAGGUGUUAAGAGUGAAAUUCAGCGGCGUAAAGGUUUGCACAAAAGCGUGCGGAAAGCUAUACGGAUGCUCGACUACACGUGUUACGCAAAGAAUUCAGAGAAGGAAUGGUGUUAUGCUCAGCUAUUUCUUGAGAAAGUUGGCUGCACAUGGUGCGUUCGAUCUUUCUGAGUUGCAACACGUGACUAGGGAGUCGUACAAGGUAGAACAAGAUCAUGGCGUGCACGUUGAGGAGAUGACGGAAACAAUGGACUGGAAGUUGUAUGUUCAGGAUCAUCUACAUAAUGUCAAUGAUAUUAGCUUCAACCAACAUUUUCAAAUUAAGCGCAACGACGACGAGGAGGUGCGCAUUUGGAGCAAGCAAUAUCAUAAUUCGCAGUGGCAGCCGAACGACAGAGAAGGUCUGGACAUCUUCAAGUCAGAGCCAACAAGACAAGUUCAAGCUUCACCAAAGCAUGCAAUCCGAUCUUUGGAAGCAAGAUAUCGACUUACUUGUCGGGGUGAGGACGAAAGGCGUGAUAAGGUCGUCAGCAGUGAAGGUCAUGUCCUUAAUCCAAAAGUGGGAGGAUCUUCAAAAUUCAAGGUUGACGAUGAUGUACUUUUCAUCGCCGCCUUGAAAGCCAACGUACAUUCCCUGUCGCAUUACGCUCAACCCCACAACAUUGAAUGGUGGAAUAAGUUCAUAGCAACGCAGGAAACUCUCGACCUUGAGGACACAAACCUCAAAGAGCCUUUCGCGUGGCCCUCUGUGACAGCUGAUGUCAGCAGAGCAGGUGAAGAAGUUCCACCAACCGCUAAUAGCUUUGACCAACGCUGGGAUGAUCUUUUCCCUCCUGAGAGACCCAUCUACAUCGGCGCACGCAAGAGCAGACAGUUUCGAAAGGACAGAGACGGAAAGUACGACGAUCUCGAGGUCAACACUUUCAUUGCAUUACGAGCUUGUUCGGGGCAGGAAGAGAGAGGCAAACCUUACCACAUUGGCAAGGUUGUCGAGCAGCUAGCAGCCAAUGAUGCUGAGAAACUUCAUCUGCAAGCACUCUUAGAUGGUGCAAUAAACCGGGAACAGGAGUCAGAGAAGGAGAGGAAGGAGACCUUGCUGAGAAGGGAAGUAGCUCUCCUAGAGACUGUUCCCUCAUUGACUGAAGAACAGUGCGGGAAACAGCUGCAGUCCAUCCUUACAGCCUUUGUUCAAGUCCGGAAUCUUGAGGACCAUACCACCCAGAUAGCUGAAGUCUUUGCAAAGCUGCAGACUCUUCAAGAUGAUCUGACGGAUAUGACCCGCAAGUACCAUGACUUGACAAAGGAGGUGGCUGACCUUCGACAAGCCCAAGUGGCCAACCCUCUUCCUCUACCUCCUGGUUCUGAGGCUGCAAUCGAAACUACCUCUGCCCCUCUUACUGUAUCUUCUUCUACAUCUUCUUCGAGUGUGAUGGCAACCCCCUCAGGACCUGCAGCAGGUGCAGAUUCCACUGUUGUUGUAACAAGCAAUGAGGUUGGAACUUCUGCAAUUGCUGCAACCCCAAGACCGGAAUCAGCUGCUGCUGGUCCCAGCCACACUGGUCGCUAUGUGGACCGGAAGGCGGUUCAAAUACCGUCCAAGUACGAUGGCAAGGAAGACAUCGAGUCUUGAAUCGGCUCCAUGAGGGCCUACUUUGAAAUUAUUGGGAGUCAAGCUGAGACCCAGGCGGUAAUCAUGGGAAUGAAUGUCAAGCCGGUCG